CAAGGUCAUGUGGUCCACCAGACUUGAGCAACGGCCAGUUCAGCCCCAUGACCAACCUCCAGUUUGGGGCAACGAUAACCUACAGCUGUAACCCCGGGUACCGCUUAAUUGGGAAGUCGACUGCUGAAUGUAUAAUUGGAGAAAAAGGUGUUUUUUGGGAUAACGUUCCAUUCUGUGAAGCUAUUCAAUGUUUUCCACCUCCUGAGAUCAAGAAUGGGCAGCUCACCAAUGAGUAUGACCACUUCAGCUUUGGCAUGACUGUAACCUACACCUGUAACAAGGAUUUUUCUCUUAUUGGAGAGGCCUCAAUUCACUGUACAGCAGAUGAGCUCGAUGGAGUGUGGAGUGGGCCAGCCCCUGAAUGCAAAGUGGUCAGAUGUAAGAAUCCAGAAGUGCCAAAUGGAAAACGGUUAUCUGGCUUUGGCCAUGAGCACACGUAUAAAAAUACAGUGACCUUUGCCUGUAAUCCUGGUCAUCUGUUGAAAGGCAGCAGUGUAGUUACUUGUGAAGCAGACAGUAACUGGAAGCCGCCGCUGCCAACGUGUGACCCAAUCUUCUGUGGUCCUGCUCCACACUUCCCCUUCGCCGAGCUGACGAGGGCUGUGGCUGGCAGCUCUCCUGGUGGAACUGUGCUGGCCUAUCAGUGUAAACCAGGCUAUGCCUUAGCUCCUGGGAAGUCCUCUGAUGUCACCUGCCAGGAUGAUGCAAUGUGGUCUGCAGACCCAGACUUCUGCAUACGACAGCAGUGUGCUCCUCCUGUGAUAAAGAACGGGGAUGUCAUUGCAGACAACUUCCUCUUUGAGACAGUUGUGAAAUUCACCUGUCACCCUGGGUAUGAAUUAAAGGAGCCAUCUGCCAAGUGUGUGGUGUCAGGAAAUGGAGUUGACUGGGAUAAAGCACCUCCAUACUGUGAAAGACAGCUCCCUGUUCUCUGUGGAGAUCCCCCCACGGUUGGCAGCAGCACACACAAUGGCACGAAGGGCACAGCCUUUGCCCAGGGCUCCGUGGUGGUGUAUAAGUGCAAGGAUGGCUUCACCCUUGCUGGAGCAGCCUCUGUUCGCUGUGAAGUGGAUCAUCAGUCCCAGGGAGUCUGGAGCAAGCCUACUCCUCAGUGCAAAGGUGGAGCAAACAUCCUCAUUGCUGCUGCCAGGUGCCCAUUCCCACACAUCCAGAAUGGGAAGAGUGUCUCUGCUACUCGCUAUUCCUACGGGGCUGGGGACACCGUCAGCUUCACGUGCAACACGGGGUUCACCUUGCAGGGCUCCCACACAAGCACGUGUGGAGCUGACUUCAGAUGGAACCCCCCUCUGCCAGUGUGCAAACAGGAGGUGACGUGUCCUCGGCCACCAAACAUCGCCAACGGGCAGCACACUGGGCAGUCCUUGGACAAGUUCUCCCGGGGAGUGACCGUGACCUACAGCUGCAAGGCUGGCUACGAGCUGCUCGGGAACACGUCCACCCAGUGCCUGGGGAGUGGGGCGUGGAGCAGGCCCCUGCCCCGCUGCGAAGCAAUUGGCUGUAAGAUACCUGAGGUGCAGAACGGGAAGGUCUACAAGCCACAGAGCACCUACAAAGCUGGAGAGAUGCUUCACUUUGACUGUGAUGCUGAUUAUACUGCAGAGGGCACCUAUGAGACUCGGUGCCUGCCAGGGGGGGCCUGGGAUCCACCUGAGUUCAUGUGCAGGAAGGUGCGACCGUGCCCCAUGCCUCCAAGGGUCCACAAUGGGAAUCACAACGGCCAGGACAAAGCCUUUUUCACCCUGGGCAUGUCUGUGACAUACACCUGUGACCCUGGCUACUACCUGGUUGGAAAUGCCAGAGUGUUCUGCAAAGCAUCAGGGAACUGGAGCCAGCCUGGCCCUCGCUGUGAAGGGGUGACAUUCCAGUGUCACAGCGGUUACAGCCUGCAGGGCAGUGCUAAAAUCUUCUGCCAGGAGGAUGGCAGCUGGCACCCUCCUGUGCCCACCUGCGACAGGCUGCCCCGUGACCAGCAGUUCUCAGACAGGCCUGCACGCUCAGGGAAAAAAUGUAAUCAUCCUGGUGAACCUGAGAAUGGGAAGAUCCUUUCCCUAACAGAUCUGCUGUUUGGGUCAACUGUGUCCUACGGCUGCGAGGAAGGGUACAGGCUGAUUGGACAGCCCAGCAGACGCUGUGAGCUCUCUGGAGGACGUGUUGCAUGGAGUGGUGACAUCCCCACUUGUCAGCGUAUCCCCUGUGAGCCGCCUCCAGACAUUCCCAACGGGAAGCACACGGGCAGGCUGCUGGAUGACUUCUACUUUGGGAUCUCCGUGACGUACAGCUGCAGCCCCGGGCACCCUCUGCACGGGGAGCCCUCCAUCCACUGCACCUCCCGGGACGGCUGGCACGGCGUCUGGAGCUCUGCCCCCCCAAGCUGCGGAGAAGCAAGGUGUCCUACCCCUCGGGUGCAGCACGGGAGGGUGGUGUCUCCUAAGGCUGCCUACACACACAAGGACACAGCUGCCUUUGAGUGUGAGCCUGGCUACGUUCUGCACGGCCACAGCGUGGUACAGUGCCAGCUGAAUAACACCUGGGAGCCACCUGUGCCAACCUGCGAGCCAGCUGGCUGUGAUGCACCCCCCAGGCUGGCGUUUGCUGAGCUGAAGGAGCAGCACAGGAACCAGACCACCUUCCCUGAGGGGAGGACAGUGGAGUACGUGUGCCAGCCAGGGUACACCCCGAGGCUGGGAAUGCCACAGACCAUCACAUGCCUCAGGAACAGGACCUGGUCUGCAGCCCUGGAGUUCUGUACAAGGAAACAAUGUGCUAACCCAGAGGAUCCGAAGAAUGGCAGAGCUGUGGUCCUGACAGAUCUCCUCUUUGGGUCCAAAGUGAACUACACUUGUGACACAGGGAACAGUGUGGCCAGUGUCUCUGCAUUUGUCACCAACGUUUACAGAAAGGGAGAGGUGAGGUGUCCUCCUCCUCCGGGCAUUGCCAACGGGAAGCACAGCGGGCAGCCCUCGGCCGGGCACCUCCCGGGCUCGGUGGUGCAGUACUCCUGCAGCCCCGGCUACUCCCUGCUGGGGAACGCCUCCCUCACCUGCACGCCCGAGGGCACCUGGAGCCGGCCCCGGCCCCGCUGCCAAGCAACCGGCUGCGAAAGGCCCGAGAUCGAGAAUGGAAGGACAGGGGGGCUGGAGAGCCUGUACAGCCCCGGGGACACCCUCGUCUUCGAGUGCAACUUGGGUUACACCUUGAAGGGUUCUCAAGAGUCUCAGUGCCAGUUUGGGGGCGUGUGGGACCCUCCUGUCCCCAUCUGUGAGAAGAUGCUACAGUGCCCUUCCCCUCCAAAAAUCAAAAAUGGCCAUCAUGAGAGCAAGGAUGUGAAAGCAUUCUUCCCUGGAACAUCAGUGAGGUACAACUGUGACCCGGG